AUGAAAUGGCAGAAGCUAAAACCUCCAGAGCCGGAUGAUCCGAUGUGCUGCUGUGAGUGUGACCUCGACCAACACGGAUGCUGCUGCGACUGUGAAGACCUGGACGAAGCGUGCAACAGGUGGCUGAAAGGCAAACCUGAUCCAAACAGAUGUCAUUCACCUUUGCUUGCGGCCAUGGUUGACAAGCUGGAGCUCUCCAUGAUCCCAGCUCUGGUGCUGCUGCCUCUCCUACUGCAAGUUGCAGCCCUGCACUUAGUGCUGGGCAUCAUCACGCUGACAGCUCUGCCCGUCCUGGUGCUGUGGUACUACCACGCCACCCAUCGCAAGAAGAGACGCACCCUCUUCUUUCUCACCCUUUCCCUGUACUCUCUGGCCUACAUGUACUAUUUGUUCAUCACACAGAUCUUACCUCGUGGGGAUGUAAGUCAGCUGCAGGUGUGUACUGUCACCAGCGGGAUGAUUUUCACUAUUGUCUCUCUUAUUCACACAAAGAGGGGGCCGGGCUUUGUGAGGACUUCUUCCCUAGCUGAGGCACAAUGUCAGAGCCAAGAGCCUAACAAAGGCUCUCCUCACCUUAAUGGAUCUAGCCAUUCAGUGCAGUCCGCCUCAUUGAGAGAAGUGCAGUCGCCGCCAGAGGCCGUGGCUGCAAAAUGGAGCAGGUGUCCCGUGUGUAAAGUGAAGCGUCCCCCGCGGGCAGGACAUUGUCGAACCUGCGGAUCCUGUGUCCAGCGUCUGGACCACCACUGCAUCUGGAUAAACAGCUGUGUCGGACAGGCCAACCACCGCAGUUUCCUGCUGACCCUGGUGGUGUUCUUGUUGACGUCGCUGUACGGGAUCAGUCUGGUGCUCCACAGUUUGUGUCCUCGGCAGUACCUGAUGACGGCCCUGCUCUACUGCCCCGGGGUCUACAACCAGUACAGCACAGCGCUUUGCUUCACCUGUGCCUGGUACAGCAGUAUAAUCACGUGUGGCCUGCUGCACCUGCUGGUGUUACAGGUUCUCAACAUCAGCUUCAACGUGACGGAGCGGGAGGCACAGCUGGCUCUGCGCAACAAAACGGGCCAGAGCCGCCUGUGUGGGCUUGUCACCGACACAGGCGAGUAUUCACGUGGCUUCUACCAGAACUGGGUUGAGUUCCUCACUAUGGCAGACACCUCGGUGGCAGGGAAGUGGUACCUGAUCGGUUUCGCUACCAACGCCCAGUGGUUUGUGAGCCGCAGAGACAGCAUGAAGAUGGGCACGGCCAUGCUGACACCAACUGCUGAUGGGGACCUGGACAUGGCGUAUGCUAGUCUCAACUCUGAUGGCUCUUGCUGGAGAAUGAACAACCUGGCCAAGAAGACAGAUGUGCCUGGGAAGUUCACUUUCAAGAGCCAGCGCUGGGGUAACGACAACGACAUGCGGGUGGUUGAUGUUAAGUACGACGAGUACGCCCUGGUCCACACCAUCAAGACCAAGGGGAGUGUGUCCACCGUUCUCAACAAGCUUUAUGGCCGUGGACCAGACCUCAACCUCGACCUGCUGGAGAAAUUCAAGCAGUUCUCCCUGGAUAAUGGCAUCCUGCCUGAAAACAUUGCCAUCCUGCCCAAAAAUGACGAGUGUCCUGCUGCCUAACGCGCUGCCUUGGUCUCCAGUGUCAACCAUGUUGCCCUGAUCCCUUACGAGGAUUUUUUUUAUCGUGAUCAGGAUAUGAACCGAGACAGUAAAAUCCAAUUUAGUGCUUUCCACUUGGUCAUUCAAUCUGUUUUUUUGUAAAGUUGUGGAAAGAUUUACUCCUGAUGCUAUGAAACUCAGUGUAAAAA